AUGGCAAUGCCGGAGGCAAUGCCAGGGGCCAGGGCAAUGCCGGAGGCUGCCCACUUGUAUCGUAAGCAGAAGUUGCUCAUCGCGUCGGCCUGCGUGCAAAGCCGGGUUCCCAGCAGUGACGCUGGGGCCGGGCCCGAGGGGCAGGGUAUCGGUGCAGAUGCUGCGCGCAAGGAUCCGGGGCAAGGCGCGGCUUGCGCCGAACGCAGGAGCGGCGGCACCGUCACGUUCGCGCCGGGCUCCACGCCGAGGCGGCCGGACGGCUGCAAGCCUGCCUGGCUGAGGAAGUGGAGCGCGCGGCUCCAGACCGAGGGCGAAUCGUGCGGGAGGGCCAGGAGCGACAGCGACGUGCUGCGCACCGUCCCGGGCGGGACCUCCGCGGGCAGGUGCGCCAGCGAGCCCGCCGACGCCCGGCAGGGGCUCCUUCAUGCCGGCCUGCACCGCAAGAGGAGGAGCCAGGGCAGCCUCUGCAUGGAGGCGCUCGCCGAAGAGCUGGAGGAGAUCGCCGGCGACGGCUCGGUCUCGAUCGCUGACCUCUCCACCUGCGACGAGCGCAACAACACACCCAUGGCCGCGGACGAGGGCGCCUCGCACGCCAGCGCCCCGGACAGCGAACCGGCCCCUCUCGCGGAGGCCCCGGCGUGGUACUCCACGGAGGGCUCCUUCGUGUCGGGCCACGCGCUGCUGCCGGGGCUCCGUUGGGCGAGCCCCGUCCGGGCGCCCAGGAGCAGGGCCAGGGCCUCGCCGGGCCGGCGGGAGGGCCGCGCGGGGGCCAGGCACAGGAAGGAGAAGAAGGAGAAGGGCCGCAAUCACCCACUGUUCGGGGUCCACGCUGGCAACCCGUUUGCCGAUCCCGCGAAUUUCUCUCUGCGGCGGAAGUACAAGGGCUCGGCACAGGCUGCGGCCGGAGCCGUGGCGCUCGCGGUGCCGCACGGAAGCGUCGAGUACGAGCUCGUUCUCCGCCUCCAGGCGAGGGACAAGGCGCUGGCCAGCUUCGCCGAUGGGCCCGGCAGGCCGCCGGGGCAGCCGCCCCAGGGGCUGCCGAGGAGGCGGAAGCGCGAGCUGAGCCCGCUGACCGCGCGGUCGGCACGCGGCGGGCUGCCGCCCGCUGGCGCCGAGCUGGUGUGGUCCGUGCACGGCCCGCCCAUGAGUGCAAGGCUCUGCCACCACCCAGAGGCCCCUGGCGCGUCGGCGCUGCGCGCUGUGCCGAGGCAGCCCCGGCCGAGGAAAGUCCUGUGGGCCUCUGCGUGA